AUUAAAACAUAACUUCAAAAAACCAUUAAGUGUUUGAAAGAAAACAAAGUCAUCAUGGCAGCCCUCAAAUCCCUUGUCUCUCUCAGCUCUCAAGCUGCACUGCUCUUUUUGCUUAUAGCACUUGCUAUGCAGACCAAAACAGCUGAGGCACAGAGCUGCCCUGGGCUCGACAACCUCUCCUCAUGCCAGGCCUUUUUACUCCCCGGUGCUGCCAACCCAAAUACUGCCUGCUGUAAUGCACUUCGAGGAGUGCAGCCUGAUUGCGUCUGCAACGCUCUCAGGAUCGCCCAAAGCAUUCCGGCUAAAUGCAAUCUCCCUCCCCUCACUUGUAAUUCAAAUUAAAGAUUGAAGUGACUGCAGGACUGGUCGUCGAAUAUUGUUCAAGUUUUAUCAUUUUGCCUUUUUUUUUUAAAUUAUGGGGGUCACCUUUGAAUGUCUUCUGGUCUGCAAUCCCUGACCAACACUGUUAUGAGGGAUCAGAGAGAACUUGGUGUUAUAAUAAUUGAAUAAAGAAGAAGGAAAUAAAAUUUGGCUUCGAGUAAA